GUCCCGUCCCUGGACUCCGGAGAGAAACGGACCGGAGGUUUCUGGAUCCAGGGGCCUGAAAGAACCUCCCAUUGUCCCGCGAUUUAUAGCGGCCACAACUCUUGAUACUGGUCUAAAUGCUGCUGCUGGUUCCCAAUCUGAUCCACAUCAUCUUUCCCCCCGCUGUGAUUCUCCUACCCAUCAUCCUCUCCCGGUCCCUUUUCCCGCCUCCCCUCUUCUUCGUCCCCCAUCUUCAUCAGCCUCCAAGAUAGAUUCCCUCAGGAGCAAGGUUGAUCUGCUCAAGCUGCCUCUGGCUCUCUCCACCAAGUCCAUCUCCGAGCGCAAGAGCCAGCUGGGAGGCGCCGGCGAGCGGCGCAGCGCGGGGGGAGGAGGCGGGGCUCGUACAGCCCGCUCACCGCCGACCCGAGACAUGGACAACGAGUCGCAGUACUCGGGUUACUCUUACAAGUCGUCUCACUCUCGAAGCUCCCGAAAGCACAGGGACCGGAGGGAGCGGCACCGCUCCAAAAGCAGAGACAGCAGCAGCCGUGGCGACAAAUCAGUCACCAUCCAGACGCCCGGAGAGCCGCUGCUGGACGCAGAGUCGACCCGGGGAGAAGACAGGGAUGACAACUGGGGAGAGACCACCACUGUCGUCACUGGAACCUCCGAGCACAGCAUCUCAAACGAGGACCUCACCCGCGUCACCAAAGAUCUGGAGGAGUCGACGCCGCUGGAGUGCAAGCGCUUCAUUGGCCCGGCGCUCGGAGGCUGUCUGAGCUUCUUCGCUCUCAUCACGCCGCUGGCCUUCCUCAUCCUCCCUCAGGUCCUGUGGCGGGACGCCCUGGAGCCCUGCGGGACGCCCUGCGAAGGCCUGUACGUCUCGCUCGCCUUCAAGCUCCUAGUCCUGCUCAUCUCCUCCUGGGCGCUGUUCCUCCGCCCGCCCAGAGCCACGCUGCCGCGGUUCUUUGUCUUCCGCUGCCUGCUGAUGGUGCUGGUGUUCCUGUUCGUGGCGUCCUACUGGCUCUUCUACGGCGUGCGGGUGCUGGAGCCCAGAGAGAGGGACUACAGGGGCAUCGUGGAGUACGCCGCCUCGCUGGUGGACGCCCUGCUCUUCAUCCAGUACCUGGCUCUGGUGCUGCUCGAGGUUCGACACCUGCAGCCGGCUUUUUGCCUUAAGGUGGUCCGCAGCACGGAUGGAGCCAGCAAGUUUUACAACGUGGGUCAUCUCAGCAUCCAGCGAGCGGCCGUCUGGGUACUGGACCGGUAUUACAACGACUUCUCCGUCUACAACCCUGCUGUGGUCAACCUUCCCAAGUCCAUCCUGUCUAAGAAGAUGACCGGAUUCAAGGUUUACUCCCUGGAUGAAAGCACCACCAAUAACUCGACGGGCCAAUCGCGCGCCAUGAUCGCAGCGGCUGCCAGGAGGAGGGACAAUUCCCACAACGAGUAUUACUACGAGGAGGCCGAGAUGGAGCGCAGGAUCCGCAAACGCAAGGCCAGGCUGGUCGUGGCGGUAGAGGAGGCGUUCACGCACAUCAAGCGGCUCCACGAGGACGAGGCGGCGGCGUCUCCCAAGCACCCCAGGGAGGUGAUGGACCCCCGGGAGGCGGCGCAGGCCAUCUUCGCCCCCAUGGCGCGCGCCAUGCAGAAGUACCUGAGGACGACGCGGCAGCAGGCCUUCCACAGCAUGGAGAGCAUCCUCACGCACCUGCAGUUCUGCAUCACUCACAACAUGACGCCCAAGGCCUUUUUGGAGCGAUACCUCACCCCCGGCCCCACCAUGCAGUACCAGCAGCAGAGCGGCAGAGGGCGCCAGUGGACUCUGGUGAGCGAGGAGCCCGUCACCUCGGGCCUCCGGCAGGGGCUGGUCUUCUCCCUGCGGCGCCUGGACUUCUCUCUUGUCAUCACGGUAACGCCGCUUCCCUUCCUGCGGCUCGGUGAGGAGUUCAUCGACCCGAAGAGCCACAAGUUCGUGAUGCGGCUUCAGUCGGAGACGUCGGUGUGAGCGGGGCCGCUCCUCCUGGACGUGACACGGACACGCUUCAUUAUCCAAUCAGCAGUCAGCCUUCUCUCUCCCUUGUCUGCGACAGAAACCAAUCAGAAGGAGGAAUGCAGCGUUUACUUUUUCUUCUUUAUCAUCAAACUGUGAUCGGCUCAAUGAUUGUUUUAAAAAAAAACGAACAGAGGCCUUUUCGCCGCCGCUGUUUUUUCUCUAAAAGGUUUAUUUCUCUUUAACCACUGAACCACAGAGGAACAACACACGAACGCAAGAGGAAGGAGGAGAUUAUGUCACUUCCUGUCAGUCACUCUGGUGAUGUUUUCUCCGAUAGCGCAUGGACCUGCUUUUAUAUGAGACAGAGGGGCUUUUACUGUUUUAACCUGCAGAAUGUAGCAAUUUGUGCUGCGAGUUGAUGGUUUUUAUGGAAAGAAGAGCAGAUAUACAUAAUGCAGCUUUUUUUUCCCCCAUGAUGCACUGCAAAAACACAAAAUAUUACCAAGUAUUUUUGGACUAGUUUCCAGUGUAAACAUAAAAUAAGACAAAACUGGCGUACAAGUAACUUUUACAAUCUUGUUUUAAGUAAAUAAUUUCUUAAUAUUGAUAUUAUUUUAUUCAUAACAAUAGAUUUUUCCAAUGAAAUAAUCUGCCAGUUGAUCUCGUAUUUUUGCAUCAAUAUUAAAUAAUUAUUGACCUAAAACAAGCUCCUCAAUCUUGUCGAAAAGUUACAUGUAUGUUAUUUUUGUCUUAUUUCAGGCGUAUUAACAUAUUUGCACUAGAAACUAAACCAAAAUACUCGGUGAUAUUUUGUGUUUUUGCAGUGUAAAAAAUGUUCGUCCUAAUUUUGCAGCUUAUUAUGAUGCAUGAGUCUGACGGUGGUCCAAAAGAUCAACUGGAAAUACCAAAUCCAUUCGUUCUAUGCACAAAAUGUGCUAAACGACUAAAAGCUGUUUAGUCGUUUAGCACAUAACUAAACGACUAAACAUAACUAUUCCUGGCUGUAGGAUGCAGUAGGUGAAACUCACCCAAAAUAAACAGAAACCUUUGACUCACUGCCGUUUUUAAUCACAUCAUUCUAAAUGUAAGUAAUUUAAAUUAAUUGAAUUGACUGUUUUCAGCCUUUAUGAGCUCAUUUUGGGCCAUUUGAAUCAAAACAGAUUGAUUUAGAAAAAGAUUAACCGAACUUGUUUGUUUUCCAGCUGAUUUUAUUAUUAAAAAUAACAUAAGCAUAAAAUUAGCAUUCCUCUCUGUUGUGCUUCAGCUGUGCAACAAUAUUUGGCUGCAGACUCCCUGAUUCCAACCUGAGCCGCAAAAAACGAAGAAAAUGUUUAGAAUUCAACAACUAAAUACUUUUUGUUCACGUUAAUGGUUUGGUUUAGUGGUCAGUACCUGCAUGAACCAGGAGGGGCCUUGAUGUCUGUGCCUGCAGCUCUGCAUAUAUUUCAUGCAUACUGUCCUUGCAUGAAAUAUAAAAAGCUGUUUUUCUCAACAGUUCAACAUGAAUUUAGAGUUAAACGUAAAGGAAAAUCUAAAUCAGGUGCGUUACUUCUGAGAAUCAUGCAGCUUUUCUAAAGGAAUUCAUAAUUGGACAGAUUUUAGUGUUAAUAUAUGCUAAAAUCAAGCUUUUAAGAAAAUGUUGUUCUUUUUUUAGCAUUUUUUUUAAAGCGUUAAAUGACCGUCGAGAUGAGGAUGCAUAAACUCAAACAUUAACAGUUUGAAUUGCAUAUUUUAAACGGGUAACAAUAAUUUUGCUUUUUUACUUUUUCAAAACUGUCACUUUUUCACCUGGUAGCAAAAAGCUUAAAUUGUAAACUACUCAUUGUGUCUUGUACCGGUUACAGGAGACUCUUAUUUAGGGUGAAACCGGUUCUGCUCGAGAUGCUUGUAUACGUCUGCAACCACACGGUUUUUGUAUUUGAUGUAAAAACGGAUAAGUGUCCCAAACCGGACGAGCGAUUGUAACUGCUCUGGCCACCGCCUCGCCUUGUGCCGCUUUAAUGGAACCUGGAGGAUCUGCAGCCCGACUGCCUUUUUCAGCUCCUCUCAUAUAAACUCAAGACGUUUCACAUGAACAGUCCUGAUUUCUUUUUUUAUUCUCUAAGGAAAGCAUGCGCAGAGUUAUUUCAGGCUCCACUUUUUUAUUUUGAAAAAUUAACUUUUGUAUCAUUUUAAGGUGCCUAAGUUAUGAUGAUGCAAUUUUCUUAAAUGUUUUUACUUAAAUUGGAAAAAAAAACUUGUAAAGAAAAAAAAUGUAGAUUUGUGUUUUCUCCUUUGGUAACAGUAGCUUGUAAAGUGUUUUAGACAUUGUUUCUAUUAUUAAACCACCUAUUCCUAAUAAAUCCUGUCUUGUCAGCUGUUUUCGAAGCUGAAAAUGUUUCCUGACAGGAAUUUCUCCUUAAAGAGAGACAGAGGGCUUCUUGAAAAAAGACUUUUAAGAGGAACUUCUGAGAAGGGAAGAUGGCUGAUGUGGUAGGCGUGUGGUUUCGUAGCUUCAAAACGGACAGAGAGCCCUUCACUUCCUGUUCUCAGUCGCUCUGUCGAGGCUCUUCAGACGCGUCGACGUUUCUCUGACGAAGGGAGCGAACAAAGCGGUUCCUUCGCCUCCU